UUUUCAGACGGAAUGACGGAUUGUUCGGACAGCGAGUGCUGCUCGCACCCCGCCUGCGCGGAGCAUAUCAUGUGCCUGUCUUCCAACGACCCUGUGGAGGUGCUGCUGCGCAAGCAGCCACCCUCCGUGACCGCAUCCUUCUAUCAGCGCGUCAAAUUUCUGAUUGAGGAGAACUCGGUGCAGUCGUACGCACACAUGGACGAAUACAGUGAAAAUCUCUUCUGGAGUUCAUUCACGCCUUGUCGGGUGUCGGUAAUGCGGGGCCAGGUCAUAACGCCGCAAGGAUUGGGCAUCGUCGGCAUUCGAGUCUCGGUGGAUCGGGACUCGCGCUUCGGAUUCACGCUGACACGGCAAGGCGGAUGGUUUGACGUGCUCGUAAACGGCGGCGGUGCAGUUACGUUGCAGUUUCAGCGCUCUCCCUUCAGGCCGCUCACGCGCACCGUCUUUGUGCCAUGGAAUCGAAUUGUGGUGUUGCCGCCCGUGCAGAUGCAGCUGAGCGACGAUGACGAAAGCAAUGGCCGCAGCAUAAAAGUGGCUCCAAUGAAUCCAGCGCUCACUUUCCUCAACUCCAUACUCUACCACUUCGCCGAUGAACAGGCCGAUGUGAACAAAAUAUGCGUGGAGCAUGACCACGAGGAGCUGAAACCCCAAUUAAUUAGCACUUGGAUGCCGAACGGCGUGGGCGCCAUGCCGGGCAAGCGCGUCAUAUUCGCCGAAACGCAGAUCGUACAAGAAUCAAUACAGAUACCUGGCUCUGACUUGCAUCUCACGUAUCAGUCUUCGCAAGCCUCAGGCUACUUGAGCAUCGUACGCAUGCGCCUUACCGCGGAAAAGAUACCAAAGACUCUGACGCAUGUUCAUGUGGGCGUGGAAAUCGAGGGCGCACUUCACGUGAAGACGUAUGAGGCCGAUCCCAACUUAAUACACACGUUCGCCUGGAACAAACGCAAUGUCUAUCGGCAGAAGGUCUACGGCGUCACCAUUGCACGCAUUUCCGUCGGCUACCAGCACUCGACCUGCAAGAUGCCAGUUUGGAUCACUCAAACCGCCAAGCUACAGGGCUAUGACGUCGACAUUUCAGACAUCGGGGGCUGGGGGCUGGACAUACACCACCACUACAAUUUCCACGAAGGCAUAUUACAGAAGGGGGAUGGCAGUACGCUUCACAUGAAAGAAUACCCUCGCACCGUAAAGGUGGUGAUGGGCACCGGCUUGCAACGUCCGCUGAACUGUCCCGACCACUGCAACGGCAUAGCCAAGGACGCCAAGCUACUCACACCCAUCGCGUUGGCAUCGGGCCCAGACGGCAGCCUGUACGUGGGCGAUUUCAACUUGGUGCGACGCAUCACACCUGAUGGCAAAGUCUACACAAUACUGCAACUGAGUGCCACACAGGUUUCCUAUCAGUAUUACCUGGCAGUGUCGCCCGCAGAUGGCCACCUGUAUAUAUCCGAUCCGGAGCGGCACCAAAUUCUAAGACUGCUGCGUUUAGAGAAAGUGAAGGACCCCAGUAUCAACAGUGAGCCCAUUGUAGGCAGCGGACAGCGUUGCAUACCCGGUGAUGAGGGCAAUUGCGGUGACGGAGGCCCGGCGUUGCAGGCUCGUCUUUCGCAUCCGAAGGGGCUGGCCAUUGCCGCAGAUCGCACCAUGUACAUUGCUGAUGGCACCAACAUACGAGCGGUGGAUCCCAAGGGAGUCAUACACACACUGAUUGGACAUCAUGGCCACCACAACCACUGGAGCCCAGCGCCUUGCUCUGGCACUCUAAUGGCAAACCAAGCACAACUUCAAUGGCCCACUGGUCUGGCGCUCAGUCCACUCGACGGUUCUUUGCAUUUUAUCGACGAUCGGCUGGUGCUGCGCCUGACUUCGGACAUGAAGAUUCGCGUUGUAGCUGGCACGCCCCUGCAUUGCAACAACAAUGGUCAAGACAAAUCGAACAAGACGUCGGAGAAUGUGCUGGGCACAGUGCUGGCAAUGGCGUUCUCGCCAUUCGGUGAUCUCUACAUCGCAGACAGCGACUCACGACGGGUAAAUUCAAUUCGAGUGGUGGACACAGCGGGAAAUAUGCGCUACUUUGCUGGCAAGCAGGAGGGUCUGGGUUCACUAACCUGCGAUUGCUCCAAUGGCAACACUGUCAACAGUUCAACAUCCGGUCUGGCCUCGGCGCUUUCAUCAACCGGCAGCGGCGUCGCUGGUAGCGCCUACUCAACGACAAUGAAUCCGAAACGUACCACCACACCAACAACGCCGGCUGGCAGCAACGGACACGGCAACAACGGCAAUGGCGGCGGAAGCGGAAAUGGUGCUGUCUCUGGCUAUGGUGCUGGUGCAGGCAACGGUGCGGGUGUGGGUGCUCCCUGCAUUUGCAGCGGCGGCGGUGUCGGUGUCACGGUCGGCGCUCCCAGUGGACUGGCGGGCAUCGUGGCCGGUGGUAAUUUAAUGUCAACUGGACCAACGACAACCACAACAAUAUUGCUGGGCGCCAAAACAACAGCUGCAGCUAACGGCAUGGGCGGCGCCAUGAAUGAUGAUGGCACUUUGAGCAACGCGGAGACCUUGCUAUCGUCGAAUGCUCGCUUUCAGGCGAUUUCGGCCAUUUCGGUGGCGCAGGACGGCGUCAUUAAUGUGGCGGAUCAAGGUUCGCUUCAUGUUCUUGCGCUCGAGCAUUAUCUGCCAUCACACGACGAGAACGGCGAGUUCCAUAUUCCGUAUCCUCCAUCCAGUGAAAUUUAUGUCUUCAAUCGUUACGGCCAACAUGUUGCCACAAAGGAUCUGACUUCGGGCAAGACUCGUUACAGUUUCCUUUAUUCAAAGAAUACCUCCUUUGGUCGUCUCUCCACCGUCACCGAUGCCUCAGGCAAUAAGAUUCAAUUUCUUCGCGACUACAGUAACGUGGUCAGCUCCAUCGAAAACACGCAAGAUCACAAGUCUGAAAUACAGAUAAAUGGCAUUGGCAUUAUGACUAAACUGAGCGAGAAGGGUCGUCAAGAGAUCGAACUGGACUAUGACAGUAACACUGGGCUGCUCAUGUCGCGCUCAUCAGGCGGCGAGACUUACAUCUAUCAGUAUGACGAGUUUGGACGUGUUACUGGUACCAUCCUGCCAAGCGGCGAAAUCGUGCGCAUCACUUCCGAGCUGGCCGAUAACAAAGGGCUUACUGUGUACGUGCACGCUUCCGUUGAGUCACUUUUCUCACGCGAGCGCGGUGAAACGAAUGAGUUGCUGGUUUUGGGUGGUGUGCGCUCUACUUUCAUGAAAAAGGGUGGGGAGAAUGCCGACGCCGAAAUUAAACCGAAUAACACUCUCGUGAUUCACAGUGCCAACGGCGUCGUUGUGGAGUCAUCGGCCGUUGCCAGACAUCCGUUACUCGAGGCUGCUUUGCCGGUUGAAGCUGAAAUGCUGGCCAUGUGGUCACACCAGAGCGUCACGAUGGGCGAGAGUUUAACAAACAAUAUGUAUUCCGUGUACAAUUUAGUGGGUGAUGUGCGCAAUCCUCAGCAGACACUCAAUCGCGAGAUUUGGGUAAAUCAAUCGCGCGUCAUUGGCGUUGAAUACGACCAGUUUACUAACCGUGAGACAUUCUAUGAUAUGAACCGAACUCCGAUCCUCAUUGUUGCAUACGAUCAGUCUGGACUGCCAAAGUCGUAUUAUCCGACCAACGGUUAUCCUGUGAACAUCACCUACGACCGCUUCAAUCGCAUUGAAGGCUGGGCCUGGGGUCCGGCUGAGCUCAAAUAUUCAUAUGAUAGACAUGGCCUGCUCUCAGAGAUCACCUCACAGCAAGAUGGCAUAAUUUCCUUUGUCUACAACGAUUGGAAUUUGAUGUCGGAGAUCGGCUUGGCAAGCCAGCGGAAGUUUGUACUGCAGUACGACGAGUCGGGCGGUCUCAGGCACGUUCUGAUGCCAUCUGGUACAAAACACUCCUUUAGCAUGCAGACAUCCAUCGGCUUCAUCCGUUGCACUUACACGCCGCCUGGCAGUACGCGAGCUUACUUGCAGCAUUACAGUCAUUCUGGUGCCCUGCUUCAGACAAUAUUCCCUGGUGACGGCGCACGCAUUGUUUACCGCUACAACUCGGGCGGUCAACUGGCUGAGAUCGUGCACGGCGAUGGAAAGAGCGAGUUUCUUUACAACGAUGCUACGGGCAUGCCCAGUACAGUCUCACACACCGAGCGGGAACUGGAGUAUCGUUGGGACUUUGAAUACACCGGAGGUUUGCUGAGCGAAGAGCGCAUCGACUAUGUGGCCAAGACAGGACUAAGCAAUGCCAAAUUCACCUAUGAGUAUGAUACUGAUUUUCGUGUCAUUUCGAUCCAGGGACGCAUAGGUGGCCAAAAUCUACCCUCGCAAAAUUUUGCAUACAACCAACGUACAGGUCAGCCAAGUCUCAUUGGCCAAUUCAAGAUUAUGCAUCCAAUGCUGAAUCAGACACAAGUCUACGAUGGUACAGCGACUUUUACGCGGACGGUGGAUGGCCGCUUCCUAACGCAGAAAGUGACUCUCUCCAUACAUCGGCUCGAAGUGUUCCGUAUGGAGUUUUCAUUCGGAAUGCAUGGACGCAUCACCCAAACACGUACCUACACACGCAACAUGGCCGUCAAUACAUACACCAAUGUUAAAAACUAUACUUGGGAUUGUGACGGCCAGCUAGUUGGGGUGGAAGCUCAGGAGCCGUGGGGCUUCCGCUACGAUGACAACGGCAACCUACUAUCGCUGACGUACCGAGGUAACACCAUCCCCAUGGAAUACAAUGCACAGGACCGCAUCGUUAAAUUUGGGGAGGGUCAGUACAAGUACGACACUCGUGGACUGGUUGCCCAGAAUGCGCGAGAAGAGCGCUUUCACUACAACACACAGGGCUUACUGGUUCGCGCCACCAAGCGUGGACGGUUCGAUGUACGCUACUACUAUGACCACAUGAAACGUCUAACCACCCGAAAGGACAACUUUGGAAACGUAACCCAGUUCUUCUACACUAAUCAAGAUCGGCCGUAUGAAGUUUCUCAAAUAUAUUCACCACGCGACGGAAAACUAAUGUCACUAACCUACGACGAUGUGGGUCAUCUUAUCUAUGCACAAGUGUACAGGCACAAAUAUUACGUGGCCACAGACCAGAGCGGAACUCCGAUCAUGAUUUUCAACCAAUACGGCGAGGACAUAAGGGAAAUUAUGCGCUCGCCAUUCGGUCACAUCGUUUACGACUCCAAUCCAUACCUCUUUCUGCCUAUUGACUUCUGUGGUGGCAUUUUGGACCCUGUCACAGCUCUCGUGCACAUGGGCGAUGGUAGAGUAUAUGACCCACUAAUCGGCCAAUGGAUGUCGCCCAACUGGGAACACGUGUCCGAGCGCAUCAUAACACCCACGAAGAUGCACCUUUAUCGCUUCAAUGGCAAUGAUCCCAUAAAUGUCGACCACGACCGCAACUAUCCCGCCGACUUUUCUUCGUGGAUGAAGACACUUGGCUUCAGUAUAAAGAACUUGGUUCCACAGCUAACGCGAAACCUAUGGGAACAGCCCUCGCUGUGGGGUCGUGCGCCGCAUAAUCCAAUUGCGCUCAACAUGAAACGACCCAUAGAUAACAUACCGACCAUGGCUGUGGAGAGUGGUUUCUUGGCGCACCUUAAUGUGCGGCGAAUGUCCAAUUUCGAGGACUUGUCUGCACCGCCAAAGUCUGCGCUCAAGUUUGAUGUCAUGAACCCGACCCCGCGUAACAUUGGCUCAGACACCGAGCCACCGUUUGGUAAGGGAAUCGUUGUUUCUCGCACUAAUGAUGGCCAAGCCAUCGUUUCCAGUGUUCCCGCAGCGAACGCCAUCUACCGCGACGUCUACACAUCGGUCUUCAACCGCUCCAAGCUGCUGCCAUUCACAUUUGUGGUGCACAACGCACAGCAAGACUCGUUCUUCUUUGUCAAAGAGGAGGCAUGGCGCGCCAGUGAAGACCGCCAGCAACUGAAACGUCUUCAAGGACAGGUGAACACGACCUUCCACGAGAACUCACGAGAAAACGGUAGUGGCAACAACUAUUUGGAUGUGAAAAUUCACGGCGCUCACGCCAUAAUCAAUCUACGAUAUGGCACCACAGUCGAUAAAGAGAAACAGCGCCUCAUGCACCACGCCAAAUUGACGGCGGUGCGCAAGGCGUGGCACCGUGAGAAGGAGGCGCUGCGUAAUGGUCUAACAACGACCAUAGAAUGGAGCCAACAGGAGAUCGACGAGAUCCUGAAACAAAGCUACGCGAACAACUACGAAGGCGAGUACAUACACGACGUAGCGCUCUACCCGGAACUGGCCGAGGAUCCCUACAACAUCAAGUUUGUUAAGAAGAAAGGAGCGACCGGUGGUACAGCCGGUGUGGCGAAUGCGCGCAAACGCCGAAGAAGAGAGGCGCCAGUGCAUUCAGCUGAUGAUAAAACGCUGAAGGAAACGACGGCGUCGACGGCGGCUGCUGGAGCGGCGGCGGAAGACACGCUCCGGGUGCUCAAUAAGCGACGGCAGCUGCUGAGGAAGCUACACACGGAUAUCGAGUGUCUGCGGAGCAGCAACAACAACGCCGCGUGUUAGCUACAGGGAAACAAUAGGGGGAAUUAAGAAUGGGUAGCCGAAAAAGAAAAUGAAUUUGUGUUAAUUUCAAAUUGAAAUAAAAAAAAAAAAACAGAUUAGAAAAUAGUUAUUAACUAAAAACUAGAGUAGCGCUUUGGAUAUGAAAUAACUAGAAGAAGAAGAAUAAAUAAAAUAUGACUCAAUGUAAACGAAGGAUAUAAGACGAAAGGAAUAAAUCGGUGUAUAUGUAAAAAAGGAAAUUAUCAUCCUUCGGAGGAUCGGAACGAUGCAGUGGGAAGUCACAUUUAAGAUGCAUACAUAGAACUAAACUAACAAAGAAACAAUUACAUACGUAGAUUAACGAAUGGAUAGAUAUGCCACAUAAAUGUAUGUAUUUACAAGAAGAUAUCGACGAUGCGCGAAGGUCGUUUAGACGAAGAGCAACUAGGAAAACUAGGAAUAAUAAAUAACAAAUGCAAGAAACAAAAUAUGUUUUGUAUGUGUACAGUAGUGAAUAAAUCGAUAUUAAGUAUGUAGUUAUGCGAUAAGAUAAGAUAAUUUAUGUCUAACACUUUAUGUAACGACACAAGUAGUUACAUAUACAUACAUACCUAUGUACAAUAAUAGCAAAAUGGGAAAUCAAAAAUUCACACCAAUUUAAGAAUAUUAACUAAGGCAACAGGCAACAGGCAACAGACAACAGACAACAGACAACGUAGAACACAGCCCAUUUGAUCGCAGCGCCCGACGGCCGGGGGAACAGCGUCGCCUAUUUAGCAGAGAACAGUCGACGCCUUCGCCAAAUGGGGGGGAAAUGCAAACAGCUGCUUUUUGGGGUACUCGAGCUUUUAGAGACUGGCAUAGAUUUUAGAUACCUACGCGAUCAAACCACGACAGGCAGUUAAACGAAUGAAAUUACAAAUGCAUGCAAGAACACGCACAUGACGUGCAUAUGUAGUUCAGCUAUGGGUCAAAUGUAGUAGAAGCAAGAAAAAUAAGAAUAAAUUAGAAAGUUAGUGGAAAAAAACGCUGGGAAAA